AUGUUCCGAAGCACCCCGUCUGCGGGUAAGGUCAUGGCCACGGUUUUCUGGGACAAGGCUGGCGUUGUUCAUGCUGAUUUUCUGCCCAGUUGUACCACUAUCAAUAGUGCAUAUUAUUGCCAGAUUCCCAGGGAUGCGCAUAAGACGCUGAAGCAAAAGCGCCCGGGACUCAUCACCAAAGGCGUCCUCCUGGAGGACAAUGCACGCACGCAUACCGCGCAUCUCACGGCGCGCACCUUAGAGGAACUUGGCUGGGAGUCGCUGCCACAUCCCCCUUACAGUCCGGACCUCGACCCCAACGAUUUCCAUCUCUUCGGGCCACUGAAGGCGUUCCUUAGGGGCCGCCACUUCAGCUGCGACGACGAGAUCAAGAAUGCGGUCCGAUCAUUGCUGCUACGCGCCGGUAAGGAUUUCUACGCUCCUUGCAUCCCCUCGUGA